AUGUCAGUCAUCACUGAAAAUGGCCCAAAAAUUACAGAAAAUGCCCCGAAUGGCCUGGGAAUAUAUAGAAACAAGGUUUUGGAUGACAUAUUCAAAGGUCCUAGAAUGACUAAAGAAUUCUUAAAAAAGCACUGUAGAGAACAGAAUUUGUAUCAAACACCGUACCUAAACGAUGUAUUGUACCUGCACUUCAAAGGGUUUUCUUACAUAGAAAAUCUAGAAGAAUACACAGGGUUAAAAUGUUUAUGGUUGGAAAACAACGGAAUACGGGAAAUAAGCGGUUUGGACAAGCAAAGUGGACUACGCAGUUUGUUUCUUCAUUACAAUUUAAUCAAAAAGAUUGAAAACCUGGAAUGCUGUCCUAUUUUGGAUACAUUGAAUAUAUCGCACAAUCAAGUGAAGAAAAUUGAAAAUCUUGACUGUAUCAAGCCGUUGCACUCUCUUAACAUGGCCAACAAUUAUAUCGAAACUUUGGAAGAUUUUGAGCAUCUUCAGCAUCUUCUGGAGGUGUCGGUAUUGGACUUGUCUAACAACCACAUAGACGAUCCGCUGAUUGUAGAAGUUCUGGGCAAAAUGCCCGGUUUGAGAGUAUUGAACUUGAUGGGCAACCCGGUUAUAAGAAAAGUUCCAGCAUAUCGCAAAACGAUGAUACUAACUUGCAAAGAACUACAGUAUUUAGAUGAUCGUCCGGUGUUCCCCAGAGAGAGAGCUUGUGCAGAAGCUUGGCAACGUGGUGGCAUAUCAGAAGAGAAUGCUGAGAGGAAGCGUUGGAUCGACCGAGAACGUCAGAAAAUUAUGGACAGUGUUAAUGCUUUGGUGGCAAUACGGGACAGAUAUAUAGAGGAGCAUAGACGACAGAGCCAAACUUGCGACAGUGGAAUGGGCACUUCAGUAGGAGACUCGGAAAGCGAGGCCGAAUCUCUGAACGAGCACGUUCGUCAACGUGACAACGAAGAAAAUUCGCCGAGAAACGCAAGCGGCAACAAUUCUUCAGAGGACGGAGAAGAGAACGUUUACAACUACGGAGAGGAAUGCGACAACGAACCAGAAGACUCGUCUUCGUCCGAGGGUGAGAGCGAAGAAGACGAGUUUAUGAAGGACAGGCAGACAGACGAAGAUUAUUCCGCUUAUCGCGAGAGGAUCUUCGAUUUCACACCCAAAGGUUACAGGCAGAAGAAAUCUUUGGUGGAAGAAAUAAAGGAGGGAGAUACUCCAAGUACCAGCAGCGUAAGAGAAGUACCAACAACUUCGAACAACAACGAAAUUGAAGAAUGUAAUAGUCGAGAAGAAGCAGCAACAAUUUCAAACAUUAAAAUCGAGCAACUAAACACUCGACAGGGAGACGCUUUUAAUUUCCAAAUGAUGGUAGAACACAUGAGCAAAGCAGAAGGCAUCGAAAUUACCAAUAAGGAAGAAAAAAUUACUGAGGCAGUUCAGAAAGAGAACGAAGAUAAUUGUGAAGAAAAUCAAGACACAAGUACUGAACAAAACCGUGGAGAACGUUCCACAGAUGAAGAAGUAAAAGACGAAAAUAGUGCAAAGAAUUAUAUGGAAAAGCAAAGAGAAAUUCUAGUGAGCCAGGCUGUGGAACGCGUGAAAAAAUCUGACAUGUCAGCGACAAGUUUGACGUUUGAGGAGUACAUGACAUCAUUUGACAAACCGCCUGCAGUCAAAAUUCCUGAAGAUACCCAAGAAAGCGAAGCAGAAGCAAAUAUGACGAAAAAUAUCGCUGAAGAAAACGCAAACAAUUCUGGGACCAGCAACGCCAAUAAGUUAAUGAAAAAUUUAACGCUGAAGGACAUAAUGAAAGAAAACAACGUGAUAAACGUUGAAAGCGACAGCGAUGACAGCGAUUCGUCAGAGGAUGAAGAACCACAAGUUUCAGAGAAAGGCGAUGGACAUCCAAGAUGCCGUUUACGAAAACCCGAAGAAAUCGAGGAAAUUAUAAAAGGAAUUCUGACCACAUCGAAGUCUAAACAAACCGAAAAGGUGGUGUCAACAGUCUGCAGUUGUAAUGAAGAAAAUAUGACCUACAUGGAACCAAGUGCUGAAACCAAAGAAUUAUCUAGCAACAUAUCAACCGAACCAGAAUCAAAGGACCUAAAUGAUGUUGAAACUAAGGAAGAAAAUUAUAUUGCUACCGACAUAAUCAAUGUGAAGGCCAAGACCAACAGCAGUGACAGUGAAGAGAGCGAGAAUUCUUCUGAGGAUGGAGAAAAACCCUUUUACAGAAAACUCGACAAGUCAGAUUCGACGAAAUUGAAACAAGUCGAAGAAGACGCUGCUGAAGCUGUGACCGUUAAAAGCAAAGAAGAAAUACAAGAAGAACUGACAGGAGAGUGCCAAGUGAAGAAAGAAGAAGAACAAGACGCGAGCUACAGGGAAAUGCUGACAUGGAAUCUGAAAGUACCCGACCAAAACGUGCAGAUAUUAUCGCCUAUACAGAGAAAAGUCUCGGAGGAAGGCUUCAAAGACGAACUAUGCGAAAUGCUGGCGCAAACCAAGAGAGAAGACAAACCGGAAUUUGAAAUCACGCCACCUAAGGACAUCGCAGAAGAAAACGACAAGAUUAUGUAUCCUAGGAAUACCAAGGAAAGCAUAUGUGCCAUGAAAUACACCAGUAUGUUCACUGAAAGCGGCAAAACAACAAACGUCAAACCGCCACUCGUUCAUAAGAUGCUGAAGUUGUCGCAGAACUAUCCCGUUUUCCAGAAAAGUCAAAACGAUGUCGUCGCAGUUGAAACAAAGGAGGAGCUAAACGCACCGGAGAAUUCUCUGAUCGUUUCUAAUAAGAUAUCGGAGGUCAGAGAGUAUAUGGCCCAAUUUACCAAGAAUUUGGAAGAGUUCAACGAGAGAUCCAGACUGGCAAGAGAAGAAGUCAUCAAAGACUACAACGACGCUGUGGAGAGGGAACUGAAGAUAGUGGACAAGCUUAUGAAGAUGAAGAAAUACAUGUUUGAGAGGAAAUGUAAUACUUUGGAUGCUAGGAAAAAUAGAAAAGUAGACCACAUGGAUGAUAACGUCAUGAGGAAACACUUCGAGGAUAUGGACAUGAUACUAGAAGAGGACAGCAGUGGCGAGGAAGAAAAAUUAAAAGCGGAAAUGGAGAAGAUAAAGAACGAACACUUUAAAGAUUUGGAACAACAUAGAAGGAACGGAGACGCUGCACUGAGUAAAGUAACGAUGGAAGGUAAUGUCAAAGACAACGAAGACGAGAAGAAGGAUGAAGAAAAAAGUGAGGAAGAAACUGUGUUGGUAGACAGUGAACGUUGCGGAGAAAGUCUGAUAACGAAUGAGGGGGACGAAGAGUAUGAAGACGCAGUUAAAGGCGCAAACGAAAGUAACACGAAAGAGAAGAGUUGUGAGAGCUGCGAGGAAUAUUUCACCACAAACGAAGAAGAACCUGAAGAAUACUACGAUACCAGCGAUGAGAAACAAGUAGAAGUGAACGAUGAAAAACCAGUGAAUUAUCAGCAGUUUAUCGAUAAACUCAUGAAGCAAAACGAGGAAGAAUCUAACGAGGAUGAUGAAAAUUGUGAAGAGGAUAACAAAGAAUCUGUAGCGAGUCUAUAUGAUGAGAAAGACGCUGAUGAAAACGCUUCAGAAAAAUGCGAAAAGCCUGUAAUUAAAAGAACUGUUAACUGUUCUCUAGAGAUGCAAUUGGCGAAAAAAACUGAGGAAGUCUAA